AUGGCAGGUCGAGGUGAAAGAGGUGUAUCUAGAGUCUUGGAUAAACUAGAAGCAUCAGUUAAUUCGGGUCAAUAUUAUGAAGCACAUCAAAUGUAUAGGACUCUUUAUUUUAGGUAUCUCGGCCAAAAAAAAUAUUCAGAUUUAUUAAAUCUGCUGUAUAAGGGUUCAUCGCUUUUAUUACAACGUGAUCAACAAGGUAGUGGUGCAGAUUUGGCAAUUCUUUUAAUAGAUGUUUUAACGAAAUCAGAAACAAAACCUUGUCAUGAGUGGAUAGAGAAAAUAGCAAAGUUAUUUGAAAUGAUGAAUUCUAGUAUCCCUGAGCGUGAAAUGUUUCUUACAAAUGCAGUAAAAUGGUCAAUGGAUAGUAGUAAGAAGGGUCAUCCCUUACUUCACAAAAAAAUUGCAGAAGUGUAUUGGCAUGAAAAGAAGUAUACAUCAGCACAUAGACACUUUUUACAUUCAAGUGAUGGAGCAGCAUAUGCUAAUAUGUUGAUUGAGUUGCAUACAACAAAAGGGCUAAAGUCGGAAAUUGAUCUGUUUAUAGCACAGGCUGUAUUGCAAUGUCUCUGCUUGCGUAACAUACAAAUGGCUACAGAAGCUUUUAAUAAGUACACAGGAUCACAUCCAACCAUAAAAAAUGACAAAGGGCCACCAUAUUUAUUCCCACUACUAAAUUUCCUAUGGUUUCUGCUACGAGCAAUUGAGCAGAAACAUGUUAUUCAAUUUAAAAUUUUAAGGAACUGCUAUGCUAUUAGUAUAAAGCGUGAUCCUAAUUAUUCGGUUUAUUUGGAUACUAUUGGUCGCAUUUGGUUUGGUAUUGAAAUACCUCAAGACAGAAAUCAAAAUUCAGUAUUUGGUGGACUUCUAAAAUCUAUAAUAGGUGAUGUUGAAAUUGAUACAUCAGAGGAUGAAGGAGACUAUUUAAGCAGUGUUUCAGCUCCCGAUUUAGAU